CUUCCUCCGACUUCAUCAUGCCUGCCUUCAUCCAUACAGGCCAUGGCAGAGGCAUCAUGUGAUCUGAAAAGAAGCUGAAUGCUCGCAAGGCGCCUCUUCCUGACACAUGCAUCCCCCAUGAAUCGACCAUGGAGCCAUUGAGAAGGGCGAGCUCAGAUACCUCGACCGAUCAACCCAAAAAGCGCAACAAGCCAACGCUGAACUGCAAGGCAUGCGUGGAGCGCAAAGCGAGAUGUGAUCGAGGGCGUCCGCGAUGCGUGGCAUGCGUCCGCCGCCAGUCGGCAUGUCAAUAUACCGUCGCCGCCGACAUCCUGCACGUCACUGGCCCUUCUAGGCCGAGGAGAAAGGUCAUGCGACCUGGUGGACAAGGUGUAACCACCGCCCCUGGAGUUCACCGUGAUCCUCGCCUGGCACCGCGCGCACUUGCCACUCAUCCCAAUCUCCGUGCGGAACCGUCUCUGCCGGUGGAUGAGCAAAUAAGUCCUCGCCCACCCGUGCCCUCUCCCUCACAUCCGCCGGCUCUUUACGGUCGUUUCGAUAUCAACACUUGCCAUCCCUUUCGCAACUACUGGACAAACACUGGCGGUCUGACCGAAGUCGUCGGUAUUUUGCCCCCACGCGAGGAGGCUGAUCGCCUGGUCUGGAGCUACUUUACGACUGUGGAUCCCAUAUACCCCAUCAUUCCUCGACAGAGCUUUACACGUGACUAUGAGGAAUUUUGGCAGCUGUCUGCCCCCGAGCGAGCAAAUUGCGAACCGGCUUUGGUUGCACUCCAGCUCGCCAUCUAUGCCACUGCCGCUCAAUAUAGCACGGCGCUACCGGCUAACGAGCGAGCGGAGAUUGCAGAGUUCUACUUAUCGGCUUGUCAUCAAGCGCUCUGCCUAUCGUCAUAUCUCAAUCACUGCUCUCUGACCACCAUCCAGACCAUGAUCCUCGUCUGCCACUUUCUCAUCACCGACAAUCGAAUCCCAGAGGCUUGGACUUUCUCCGGCCUCGGGUUGCGUCAAGUCUACGGCUUGCAGCUGAAUCGAGAUCCCGAGCUCCUCGAUUCCGACGCCCCCUUCUCCGAAAAGCAACAACGCUGCAGACUCUGGUGGGCCGCCAUGUUCCAGGACACCAGUCUGUCCAUGUUUCUAGGGAUGCCCCCGGCCACAGCCUACCAUGACAUCGAACUGAGCAAUCUCAAACACCCAGACGAUGCAGCACAGCGAGCCAAAAUGGACAUUUCGGGAUUCUCGAGCGACGCCAGCGUGGCUGCCGACAUUCCAUAUCUGCGUGCAAUGUGGCAGUACGCAUCCUUUACGCAAACUAAUCUAUGCAUUCCGCGAUCGCUCAAGCGCCCUAUAUGCUCCAGCCCCGAGCACAAAACACAGCUGGUCUCUCAAUUCCGACAACUAUACAACACAUUCGAAGCACCCUUCAACUCCUUUGACCCAGCUCGCUUCGAACACACGAACGAACGGCUCGUGCGGCAAUUAAUCUCCACCGCGACCAACUUUUUCUAUACCCUGACCGUCUUAUACAUGGACGAGAACGCAGAUGCAGGCACGGAAGUGGAUGUUUAUGGCGCCCUGGACGCCGCACACGAGGGCAUGCUGGCGUUCUUUAAGUUGGCCCGCAUAUCGCCCGAGCAGACUGACAUCUGGGGUGCAGCUCAUACGAGAGCUUACUCGCAGGCCAAAAUGAUUGGUUCCAUCCUCGCUGCGCAGGAAGUACAGGCUGAAGGACCGGUGCGCGACGCUCGACUGAUGCUGGCCAAGAGCGAUUUUGACCGCUUUCUCGACGCUCUCAUCAAGGCGUGCGGCGGCAAUGAUUUCCGCGCUCUACAGGAUCAGCGUGUGACUGAGCUGGAAGAACUUCGUGCUCGAAUUAAAGUCACUUGACAAUACGGGCAAAGGGCGUACGUCAUACAUUGUCCGGAUACAAGAGUCUACAACAACAGUAUCGACCCGCAAGCCCGCAGGCAACCAUCACGUAAAGUCAU